AUGGAGGAUAUGAUGAAGAAGCUGUUAAAAGCUGUUGAGGCUACCAACUCUGGGGUGACUACUAUGAAGAUUACUACUCGGAGUGGUAAAUUAUUAUCGGUCCCUUCUGUCGGCAAAGCUGUGAUUGAAAAUAUGGGUGAAGAAGAUGUUGAACUUGAAAAAACUCAUCCAGUUGAUGAAUUAGAGAAAUCAAAAAAGGAGAAGAAGGCGGUGGUUACUACUUUUUCGAAACCACCGCCACCCUUUCUUCAUAGAUUGAAGAAGAAAACUAAUGAGACAAAAUUUAGCAAAUUCAUAGCAAUGUUAACGCAGUUGACGGUGAAUGUGCCUUUGGUGGAGGCACUUGAGCAGAUAGCAAGAUAUGCUAAAUUUAUGAAGGACCUGCUGAUGAAAAAGAGAAUAGUAAGCUACGAGCUGAUGGACAAUCUCAACCAUUGUGGUGCUAUUUCCAUAAGAUCUUUGGUGCAAAAAAAGGCAAACCCAGGAGCAUUCACGAUUCCUUGUACUAUUAGGUCUCUUGAUUUUUCAAAAGCUUUGUGUGAUCUGGGAGCCAGUAUUAACCUGAUGCCGCUUGCUGUCUAUAAAAAGAUGGGUUUGGGAGAUCCUACACCUACAAAUAUACGGCUGGUGAUGACGGACAGGCAUAAUAAUGAGGUGGUUCGAUUUGAUGUGUGCCAAUCCAUAAAGCAGCGUAAGAAAAUAAAUGUGUUCUCCAUUGUUGAUGUCUAUUAUGAGGAUGAGCAGGAGGAUCCGAUAGAAGAGAAAUUUGAGUUGAGCCCUUAG